AUGGGGGAAGAAGAAGGGGCCGGGCAGGAAAGAUCCCGCUCCGUCCGCUCCGCCCCGCUCACCGCGCUCCUCGAGCCCCGCGCCGCGCCACUUCCUGCCUUCGGUGCCCGCCCGCCAGCCCUUGCUUGCUGCCCGUCGCCCCCGGCCGGCGCCGCAGUCGCCGGCGCCCCCGGAGGGCGGCAGCUGACGUUCCGGGAGAAGUCUCGGAUCAUCCAGGAGGUGGAAGAGAACCCGGACCUGCGCAAGGGCGAGAUCGCGCGGCGCUUUAAUAUCCCGCCGUCUACGCUGAGUACCAUUCUGAAGAACAAGCGCGCCAUCCUGGCGUCGGAGCGCAAGUACGGGGUGGCCUCCACCUGCCGUAAGACUAACAAGCUAUCGCCCUACGACAAGCUUGAGGGGCUGCUCAUCGCCUGGUUCCAGCAAAUCCGCGCCGCUGGCCUGCCAGUCAAGGGCAUCAUCCUCAAGGAGAAGGCGCUGCGUAUAGCAGAGGAGCUGGGCAUGGACGACUUCACCGCCUCCAAUGGCUGGCUGGACCGCUUCCGCCGGCGCCACGGUGUGAUGUCCUGCAGCGGUGUGCCCCGCCCCCGGGCUCGCAACUCUGCUCCUCGCCGGCCUGCGGCGCCCGCCAGUGCAACCACGGUGCCCUCAGAGGGUAGCGGCGGAGGCUCCGGCAGGCACACUUGGGAGGAGCAGCAGCCAUCAGUGGUCGAGGGCUAUGCCUCGCAAGACGUGUUCAGCGCUAUCGAGACCAGUUUGUGGUACGACUUCCUGCCGGACCAGGCCGCCGGCCUGUGUGGCAGCGACGGCCGGGAGCGCAGGGCCACCCAGCGCCUGAGUGUCCUGCUGUGCGCCAAUGCCGAUGGCAGUGAGAAGCUGCCCCCGCUUGUGGCAGGCAAGUCGGCCAAGCCCCGUGCAGGCCAAGGCGGCCUGCCCUGCGACUACACUGCCAACUCUAAGGGCGGUGUCACCAGCCAGGUGCUGGCCAAGUACCUGAAGGCCUUGGAUGCGCGCAUGGCCACUGAGUCUCGCCGUGUCCUUCUGUUGGCUGGCCGCAUGGCCGCCCAGUCCCUGGACACCUCAGGCCUGCGGCAUGUGCAGCUGGCCUUCUUCCCAUCAGGCACAGUGCAGCCUCUGGAGCGGGGUGUGAUCCAACAGGUGAAGGGCCACUACCGCCAGGCUAUGCUGCUCAAGGCCAUGGCUGCACUAGAGAGCCAAGAUCCUUCACGCCUACAGCUGGGCCUCAUAGAAGCCCUGCACUUUGUGGCCGCAGCCUGGCAAGCGGUCCAGCCUUCAGACAUAGCCACCUGCUUUCGAGAGUCUGGCUUCGGGGGUGACCCUGAUGCUACCAUCACUACUGCCCUCAAGAGUGAAGGGGAGGAAGAGGAAGAAGAGGAGGAGGAAGAUGAUGACGAUGAAGAGGAGGAGGGAGGAGAAGAGGGAGAGGAUGGGGAAGGAGAGGAGGAAGGAGAGGAGGAGGAGGGAGGAGAAGGGGAAGAACUGGGGGAGGAAGAGGAGGUGGAGGAGGAGGGUGAAGUUGAUGACAGUGAUGAAGAGGAAGAUGAGGAGGAGAGCUCCUCUGAGGGCUUGGAUGCCGAGGACUGGGCCCAGGGAGUAGUGGAGGCUGGAGGCAGCUUCGGAGGUUAUGGUGCCCAGGAGGAGGCCCAGUGUCCUACGUUUCAUUUCCUGGAAGGUGAGGAGGACUCUGAGUCAGACAGUGAGGAUGAGGAGGAAGAUGAGGAUGAUGAGGAUGAAGAUGAAGAAGAUGAGGAGGAUGGUGACGAGGUGCCUGUGCCCAGCUUUGGGGAAGCCAUGGCUUACUUUGCCAUGGUCAAGAGGUACCUUACCUCCUUCCCCAUUGAUGACAGGGUGCAGAGCCACAUACUCCACUUGGAACAUGAUCUGGUCCAUGUGACCAAGAAGAACCAUGCCAGGCAGGUGGGAGUGUGGGGUUUUGGGCAUCAGAGCUGA